AACACGACAUGCAUGGUACGAUUUUCGGCAAGCACAUUUCGCCGGUUGUUUCACCUGGCGUAUUUUCUGUGAGCAGUGUGUGAUUUAAUUCACACAUCACACUUAAAUCAAAAGUAUGCAAUUUACAGAACUGUUGACAAGCUUUCUGUUAGUCUUCAGUUCUUUAUCAGUUCGAGUUUUGGCAGAUGGCCUUCUUGGGUGUGGUGGAUUUGUCAAGUCGGAUGUGGGUAUUAAUUUUUCGUUGGUAGAAGUGAAGCUGUACACAACCCAUGGCAGCAUCAAAUAUCAGACAGAUUGUGCCCCAAACAGCGGCUACUACCUUAUACCUCUCUACGACAAAGGCGACUUCAUCCUGAAAGUUGAGCCUCCUCAUGGUUGGAGUUUUGAACCUGCCAGCAUAGAACUGCAUGUUGAUGGGGCCAAUGACAAGUGCAGCAAAGGUGAAGAUAUCAAUUUCGUUUUCACUGGAUUCUCCGUUUUUGGAAAGGUAAUCAGUAAGGGACAGAGCCAUGGACCGGAGGGGGUUCCUGUACAGAUAAAGAAAGUUAGUGGUGGUGAGGUGAUCCAAACCAGCCAAACGCGUCAGGAUGGCAGCUAUGUCUUUUCCAAGCUCCCCCCUGGGGAAUAUGUGGUGCAGGCAACACAUCCUACCUGGAUGUUUGAAAAGGCAGAAACUCGAGUGAAAAUCACACAGGACAAUGGCCAGGCCAGUGAGAAUCUGGUUGUGUCUGGAUACGACGUCACUGGGAAAGUGUUUAGUGAAGGAGAGCCCAUCAAAGGUGUUAACUUCAUUUUGUUCUCCACGACCGUCAAACCCCAGGACAUUACCAAAUGUGACAAGACACCUGUUAAGGGGUUUAAACAUGCAGAGAAAGGCAACCUGUUGUGUCAUGUGACAUCAGCUGCAGAUGGAAGCUUUGUGUUCCCUGUACUGCCUGUUGGGAAGUAUGUUGCAAUGCCAUUCUAUAAGGGGGAGCACAUCACAUUUGACGUGGUACCAGCCAAAGAAGAGUUCACAGUGAAUCAUGGGUCGGUGAACAUAAAAGAACCAUUCCAGGUUGCAGGAUUUUCAGUAAGUGGGCGGGUGUUAGAUUCUGUGAAAGGCAAUGGGGUAAAGGGUGCAAAAAUUCUUAUAGAUAUGAAGGAGCAGACUGUGACUGGACUAGACGGCUCAUACCAUCUGGAAAACAUGAAAACUGGAACGUACACCAUCAGGAUUAUCGCUGACAAAAUCUUCUUUGAUGCCACAAGUGUGAAGGUGACCCCCAAUACCCCACAGCUUCCCAACAUUGUGGCAUCAAGCUUCAGUCUCUGCGGCAAAGUGGUGAUUGAGAAAAUCCCAGAAGGCUUGAGUCAGGUUCCUCCGCAACGGAAGAUCACCAUCAGCAGUGAAAGCUCGCCUGCUGAUGUAAUGACAAUUGAGACGAAUGCUGAUGGCACCUUUUGCUCCCCGGUGAAACCUGGUAAAUACAUUGUUAAAGUGACUUUGUCAGAGAAAGAAAUUAAGGCAGGUCUACAGCUGGCUCCAAGUGAGAGGUACGUUGCGAUUAUUAACCAUCCUGUGGAAGAUGUGACAUUCUCACAGUUUAGAGCCAAAGUGUUGGGCACAGUGACUUGUAUAGAGAAGUGUGGGUUUAUUGAAGUAUCUUUGGACCCUGUUGGCAGAGCUGACCAAAAGCAAAUUGUCCAAGUGAAAGAUGGCCCUAAAGGAGGAACGUUUAGCUUCAGUGAUAUUAUGCCAGGAAAAUAUCAAGCAAAACUUCUACAAGACACUUGGUGCUGGAAAGAAAAAACCUUAGAAUUUGAAGUGGUGGAGUCUGAUGUGAAUUCAGGUUUGGACUUUUUCCAGAAUGGCUACAUUCUCAAAUGCAGUUUAUCUCAUGAAAUUUCUCUCCACUUCGCUCAUGAGAAGAAAGAAGGUAGUGUGGGAUCCUUUGAGUUGAACAAAGGGACAAACCGGUUUUGUCUUGCUCAGCCUGGUGUAUACCGGUUAACUCCAGAUUCUUGUCAUCAGUUUGAACAGGAAGUCUACACAUACGAUACUUCUAACCCUGCUAUGCUUACUCUGUCAGCUGUUAAGCACCUGAUUCAUGGUAAAAUUACCACAUCUGAGAAAGCCUCAGACAUAGUCAUUCAGAUACGUCCGUCAACAGAUGAAGAGGCACAAGUGACUCUGGGGCCGCUGAAGUCCGAAAAUGAACCGGCAACAAAAGACAAAAAGGACCAAAAACCUUCGUCUGUGAAGGGACCAUUUGUUUACAAGUUUUCAUAUUGGGCAAAGACUGCAGAGAAACUUCAGAUUGUUCCUCGGGCCAAGGAGCUACUGUUUUACCCUGACAGCGUUGAUGUGACUGUUUCAGGCGAGGGCUGUCCUGGAGAAGUUGCAACCUUCACAGCAAAGUUGGGGGUGUUUAUUAUUGGGAAGAUAAACCCUCCCCUAGAAUCCGUAAAAGUCAAGGUCAUGUCUAAAGAUGGGAAAGGAGAACCUCUGCUGCUGGAAACAGGUUCACAGGGAACGUUCAACAUUGGCCCCUUGCACUCGGCGGAGUACAAUGUCACUGCUGAGAAAGAAGGCUAUAUUCUCAGUCCUGUCGAUGGAGAACUUGGCCAUUUUAAAGCAUUCAAAUUAGGUGAAAUAUCAGUCAGAGUUUUAGGGGCAACUGACGAGCCUCUGCAAGAUGUUCUCUUGUCAUUGAGCGGCGGAAACAGUUAUCGUAGCAACAACCUUACUCCAGCCAACGGGACAUUAGUGUCUUCCCUAAGCCCUGGUCAGUAUUUCCUGAGACCUAUGAUGAAGGAGUAUCGCUUUGAGCCAGCUUCUCAGAUGAUAGAUGUCUUAGAAGGCACAACAGUUAACCCGGUCAUUAAGGGUAUUCGGGUAGCUUUCAGCUGCUAUGGUACAGUAACUUCUCUGAACGGAGAGCCAGAGGCAGGGGUAAUAGUGGAAGCUGUAGGACAGGAGGAAUGUAGCCAGUUCCAGGAAGAGAGCAAAAGCGAGCAGGAUGGUACCUUCAGGAUUCGUGGCUUGCAGCCCAAGUGCAUGUACUCAGUGCACCUUAAAACAGGACAGGUGAACCAACACAUAGACAGAUCUGCACCAAAGACUCAAAUGUUCCAUGUGGAAAAUUCUGACUUUAACAACGUCCGUUUUAUCGCAUUUCGCCGGAUGAACCAGAUGGAUAUCAGCGGUAAUAUCAUUACUUCUGACGAGUUUCUACCCACACUAAAGUUGAAACUGUUCAAGGAGGACAACCCAGAUGCACCUAUUCACACUGUCAGCAUGUCUGUCACCACAUUUUUCUACCUACCCUCGUUGCAGAUUGACAAUCAGAAAUACAUCUUAAGGAUGGAAACGUCCCUCUCUGCUAAUUCUUUUGAUUAUUCAUUGCCUGAGGUUUUCUUUUCUGCUAAUGCCACAUACCAUCAUUUCACAUUCCGAUUUGAGCCAAAGCAGAGAUCCCUCGACUCGGAUCUCACGCAGGGAUCUUUCCUGAUGCUUCCUAUGACCCUGCUCGCAAUUGCCUUGGCCUACCAUCGCCAGAAGGUCCUUCCCUUCCUGAAGCAAACCUUUGGACAAGUGCAGAGCAUGUUGAACAAGCAGUCUUCUCCACAUGCCCAUGGGGGAGCCUCUAGCCACUGAAGCCGCUGUGUCUAAACGCAAACAAAAAAGUGAGAAAAACGUGAUACUUGGACUCCUUAGAUAAUUUCUUGUGAAGUGAGGUGAAACCAUUUAUAAUGUACCCGUAUCAUUUUGUCUACACAUUUAGUAGGAGUGAUCCAGCUUAUUGCAUUGAACAGUUCAUGUUGGAUGUGAGGAUGUUAUCAUUUGGCAAUCAUUAAAAAUGUUCGUUGGGGGUAACUAGAUCAACCCUCCAUAGAAACGCAGCCUAAUUCUGUUUUUCUCUCCAUGAUCAUUAGCCAGAAUAAUAAAACAGAAUUACAUAUUUACCACCCUACUUUUUCUGAUAUGGUCAGGUUACACCCAACAAAAUAUUUUGUAAGGAUGGCCUUGUUUUUGUCUGUUUUCCUGUCCGGUCUAUGCAUUGGUUAAUUUGUAGAAUGAAUAGGUGUUUAUAGUUUCCUUGAUAUUGAAUUGGAUAUUUAUCAGAAUUACCUGUUUUUGUGCAUAUGUAUUAUACAGAGGUACCAUAAGAAUUUUUUUUUCUGUAUAUUGAGAUUUUACCAAACUUGUUUGUUCUAGUUUCAAAGGAAUUCCUAACCCAAUUCUGUCAGUGUUGUAACUGACAAAAUGCAUGUUUCAGAAAUAUACUCAAUGGGCAUGAAGAUCCCUAUUAAGGCAUUAAGGUUCUAAAAAUAUUCAUUCCUACAAUUUUGUGAGAAAUGUUUUCAAAUCAGUGAAUGUAAUCCAUGAAAUGAGUUUUUCUCUUGGCUUUAUACCCAGUUUACACAAAAUUUAAACUGGAUCAAAUCUGAACUGGUUCAGUCGAAGCCAGUUGUAAAAAUGCCUGCAUUCACUCAACCAUAUGGCCAAGCCAGUUUUAAGCCAGUUCAGGGAUUUGCCCGUUCACACGGACACAUUUAAGCUGGUUUAGCAAGUAUGUCAUCUGACCGUUCACACAACACAGAUAAACCUGCUCAAACCCUGAAACUGGCUUAAGGCCAUGUAGCCAACUGGGGCAAAUAAAACCAGAUUAAAUGCCCCCAUUUUGCGCUCACCACUGGAGAUGUCAAACUGGCUCAAAGCUACUUUUUGCAAGUUAAACCAACUUAGCUUUGCCCGUGUGAAUGGGGUAUUAGAUUCAUUGUGAGUCAUUUGUUAAUUUUAUCUCUCUCUCUAUAUAUAUAUAUGCAGAAUUAUGUACAUAUUGUAACUCUUCAGUCUUUGUACAUGUAUGUGUGUUCUUCAUCUAUAUUUAUGUGUAUGCUCCAGGAUCUGUAUGGAAAAUAUUAACAAGGAAAUAGCAUUCAGAUGGUGAACACCUAAAAUUGGUCAUCCUCAGCUGGCAUGCUUUCAUUACCAAAGUUACAUAAUACAGUAACCAUUGUUGUAUCUUGUUAUUUUCAAAAUUGGCAUGGCAGUGCAUGAUUUGAUUGAUAAAGACAUGUAGUAAAAGUUUUACAUAUUCUGGCAGUUGUUCAGAUGGCAAAAGGUACAUGUGAAGUUGACGCAAAAUCUAAUCCAACACACACAAGACUGAAAAUGUUUCCUUUUUUACCUUUGUUAGUUCACUCUUGAGUUAAAUUUUGGAUACUUUAUGGAUUUGUUUAAAUGGUCAACCACAUUGACUUGCUUAACAGAAAACAAGGUAAUACUUGUCAGCAGUGUUACUUUAUGAGGAAUAAUACCAUGUUCUUGCUUGCUCUGCUAACAUUACAUUAUAUUUUGUAUGAAGUUAAAUCAGGCAAUGCUUUGUAACAUUUUCCCCUGUGAACGGUAAUAGAUAGGGGUAAGGUCUCUGUAGUAGUGUUUAACAGGUGCUCUGUUCUGAAGAACAUGACCUAUUCAUAAAGCCAUUUUCAGACAAGUCAAAAUUUAAUAAUCUUUCCACAAAGCUCAGUAUUUGGUACUUGAAGUUGAAAAUUGAAUACAUUUGCCUUAAUAUAACACUUGUGAGGUGGACAAAACUUUACUGUGUAAAACCGAAAACUAGCUUU